AUGGUGGAAAGGCAGGAACACCACUGGCAUGUCCUUGUGGCAUAUAUUCCUCAAUUUCAGUUUGAUCACAUCGCCAUGCAGCAGCCUGCCAUUUUGUCGACUCUAAACCCUGACUGCAUGAACCCACUUUACAGAUACACAUCACACAAAAACAUCCAGUGGAUCUGCACCACUUGUAUUCAAUCUGCCUACUUAGGCUUGUACUCAGGCUGGAACUGGGAGACAGUAUUCCAGGAUGCCUCAAGUUUGGAGUACCCAAAUCAUUACCUUCUCAAGGGACCUGAUGGACAUGUUGAUACUACAUCAUUCAGUCAAAAUUUCUCUGUUAGUGACUGGUCCAGCAACACUGUGAGCAUCGGCAGCACCUCCAACAACAAUGUUGACAUGAAGGAUGCAGAACCUGCAUAUGCAACACACUACCCAGACUACAAUGUGUUCAGCAAAGGACUUUUAGUCAACAAUGGAUAUGUCGAACGCGGGGUCAGCGAUUUCACACCUUACCUUUCCACCCCCACCAACACACCUUACCUUUCCAUGUUGUCCCCUAUUGAAUCUACUAUGUUCCGAAUUCUUUCGCUCCCAGACUAG